AUCUAUUUCUUAACUUCUAAACUCUUUUCUCUUAACAUCUUUUCCAACAUUUCAUGGAAAUUCUUCAAGUCACCAAGGUUAGGAUGCUGCAGAUUUCCAAGAAAUUCACACUUCUCUUUGUUGUAAUCUUCAUAGCAUUUUCUAUUGUUCUCACCAUGCACUCAAAAUCAAGCUUCUCUCUCUUUGAGGUGUUUACAAAAGACAAGAUGCAACAACUUGUUGGACAGAAUAAAAAUGCUCACAACAUUACAAAUGUUACAACCAAUGGAGGACCAGUUCAAAACACAUCAUCACAUCACAACUUCAAAGGAGCCUAUAACAAUGUCGAAAACAACACCGCGUCAAAGGUGGAAGGAAAAAUUGAAAAUGGCUCAUUGACAAGUUCCACAAAAAUCAUUGAGAGAUUUCUUGAUGGACUUCUAGAUUCUAGAUUUGAUGAACCAUCAUGCAUGAGUAGGUAUCAAUCUCAUUUGUACCGCAAAACUUCGCCUCAUAAACCUUCUUCGUAUUUGAUAUCGAAACUUCGAAAGUACGAAGAAAUUCAUAGAAGGUGUGGACCUAAUAGUAAACCUUACCACAGAACCAUGACAAAGAUUUUACAUUCAAAGAGCAUUGAAGGUGAUGCUAAAAUGUGCAAAUAUCUUAUUUGGAAACCUGUUAAUGGUUUAGGGAACCAAAUGGUUAGCAUGGUUGCAGCAUUUCUCUAUGCUCUCCUCACGAACCGCGCGAUGCUGGUAAGUUUCGGGAAAGACAAACAACGUCUAUUUUGCGAGCCGUUUCUGAAUUCAACUUGGUUGUUACCAAAAACCUCUCCAUUUUGGAAUGAAAAACAUGUUGAAACAUAUCAAAGCAUGAUAGAGAAGAAAAACGUUAUCAAUAAUUCAAAAUCCGAUUUGCCAUCGACACUAUUUCUGAAUCUACAAUACCAACAAAAUUUUCAUGAGAAAUUUUUUCACUGCGGUGAUAGUCAAGCUCUUCUCGUUAAGGUUCCUUUGUUGAUUUUGCAGUCAGAUCAAUAUUUCUUACCUUCUCUUUUCAUGACACCUUUUUUCAACACGGAACUUGAGAAAAUGUUCGUCGAGAAAGACACGGUUUUUCACCAUCUGGGACGCUACCUCUUCCACCCUUCAAAUUCCGCGUGGAGACUAAUCACAAAGAUCUAUCAAAAACACUUGGCUAAAGCAGACGAGAAAAUAGGCAUUCAGAUACGAGUUUAUAAUCCUGUCACAACUCCACAACAAGUAAUUGCAAAUCUAGUUUUAAAUUGCACACUAGAAAAUAAUCUUCUUCCGAAAGUACUUGAUAUGAAAAGUUCAAUAUCUUCUAAAACGACUACAAAGGUCGUUCUUGUGGCGUCUUUAAAUCCACAAUACGGUGAGAAUUUAAAGACGAUGUAUAUGAAUAAAUCAACGGUUUCAGGAGAAGUAAUAGAAAUUUUUCAACCAAGUCAUGAAGAUCAACAGAAAUUUAAUGAUAAUGAGCAUAACAUGAAGGCUUGGGUUGAUAUGUAUUUGUUAAGUUUAUCUGAUGUGUUGGUUACUACUUCUUUGUCUACUUUUGGAUAUGUGGCUCAAGGUUUGGGAAAUUUGAGGCCAUGGCUUUUAUAUAAGCUAGUAAACAAUGAGACUCAUUAUCCAGCUUGUGAAAGAGAGUUCUCAAUGGAACCUUGUUAUCAUUCUCCUCCUAAGCAUUAUUGUAGUGGAAAGCCUAUAAUGGAGUUUUCUUCUUCUUUUCUCUAUAUGAGGAAAUGUAAGGAUUUUGGUUUUGGUGUAAAGCUUGUAAGCUAAUGGUUUUAAAUAGUUAGAGAUUUUUCAUGAGUUUGUAGUUCUAUUUUAGAUUUAUUAUGCAAAUUGGAAGUGCAAAAUUGAUGAUUUUGUGAUGUAAAUAAUAGCAGUUCAAACUGCCACGUUUUUUCACAAAAAGUAAUGGUGCAAGAUCUUGUUAUCAUAA